AUAGUAGCCAAUUACAGUUCAAAAGUACAGUUUAACUGGAUAAAUCAGGAGGAUGAGGAAGAGGAAACAGCCAUGUUAAGCGUUUGUAUGAAAUAUUGUCGGUUUUGCAUCAAUGGCAAUGCUACAAAUGUCACAAGCCAAUUUGCUGCUGCUUCCUAGAGGUUCUACUGAUGGCUACCAUCCAAAAGUAUCCGAAGAAAACAGACGAGCUUCAAUUGAUAUCUUCUAAAGGCAGCUGGAUAUCUUGACUGCGCUGUCAAGCAUGUCCUCCCUCAGUUUUCAGCCGAGCAAAGGAGAAGUUUACCUGUUGACCUAGCAGAAGGAGCUCUACGGGCUCUUUGCCUGCAAGCAUUAGGCCAGGGUGUUGAUAUCCAACUUUGGUAUUGCGAUUGAUAGCUCAAAAGCCACUCUCGCAGUGAAGCGAAGACUUUCAUGUGAAAUGGUGAAAUACUGGCAGCAGGCACAGGAUAACUUGAUGAAUCUCCCAUUAGCAAAUGGCUGGGGAAAGCAUAUGCUCUUUGUCAAGUGGAAACAUGUUGAAGCUAAGGCUGCAGCGUACUACUACCAUGGGUUGAUUCUUGAUGAAGGAAACACAGAGAAAUCACAUGGCAUGGCGGUUGCUGCUUUACAAGCUGCAGAUGAGUGUUUCAAAGAAAGUAAGAAAGCAAGUGAGGCAUUCAAUGCAUCUUCACCCACGUCAAGGACUCCACCGCUUUUCGGAACAAUGAAGUAUCUAUCAGAGAAAAUACCGAAAGAAACUUCAAGUAAAGUCAGGAUAAACCGUGAUCUGUACUCAUAUGAGAAAAUCAUGGAGACGGCACCAACUCUUCCUGAUUUUGCCUUGGCAUUGAAACCUGAUGAGUACCAACUCCCUUCUGUAGAUGCAUCAUGGUCCGAAGACAGGACUAAAAACUCAUCAAAUCACAUUACAGGAAACCAAAGAUAGAAGCAGUGGAUAGAAUGAAUGUUGCCUUAUAGAGUACAAAGCCACAGUGGCCGCCAUAUAAAUACCAAAUGGUAUAGCUCUCUCUAUAAACUACUCUUGUGAUUCUCCAAAUGUUGAUAAUAUAUGUAAGAAAAGCUCCCUUUGUGUGCAAACCUUCCAAAUUGGAUUUGUAUAAGUUUCCAGAAAAAAAAAAUCAAGGGAACAUGUUGUUUGUAUUCUGUAUGAUUGUUUAGUGCAAUAAAAUCAUAUUCUUUCUGCAAAA